AUGGUCGGGUUCUUCCGCGGGUCCAUCUCCCCGAGCAAGGUGGCCGUCGAAGCGUCGGCGACGACCAAGGCCGCCGGGAAGCCCUCGCCGACGAAGCCGUCGGAGCUGGCGACGCCCAAGACGCCGGGCGAGGCGACCAUGGAGGCGGCGAACCUCGACAUGUUUGGUGCGGACAGCGACGAGAGCGACGACGAGGCUGCGCUCGAGCGGUAUGAUCGCAAGGAGAUGGACAAGGUGUCCGAGGCGACGCAGGAAGAGUACAACAAGCGCAACGUCGCGCUCCUCCUCUCCAAGAUGUCACCCGAAGAGCUCUUCAAGAAGUUUGACGAAGACCAAUCGGGUCUUAUCUCGGCCGACGAGUUCCUCGCCAUGCUGCCGCAAUUGAACAUCACCGUGAGCAAGCCCAAGGGUCUGCGCAUCUUCCGCGCCUGCGACAAGGACGGCAGUGGCGAGAUCGACUUGGAAGAGUUCAAGAUGGCGCUCUUCGCCGUGGACCCGACGUCGGGAAACACCCUCCAGUUCACGCCCUCAUCACUCUUGUCGCCGAAAGACGCCUUCUCGCUCUUUGACGAGAAUGGCAGCGGUCAGAUCGACGAGCUCGAGUUUGCCGACGUGGUCGAGUACUUCAACAUCAACGCCGACGACGCCAAGCAGGAAAAGCUCUUUAGAAAGUACGACAAGGACAGGAGCGGCUACAUUGACUUGGAAGAGUUUCGCGCCAUGUGGCUCCAGUGCAUUGACGUCGAGGCCGAGCUUCGCGCGCGCAAGAUCGAAAUACCAAAGUACGCGACGCGCGCCAAGCUCAUGCAGAUGCUCGAAGUCGUGCUUCUCGAAGAAGAGCACAACGAGGCCCAAGUGCUUUUGGAAGCCAAGUGGUACCACCAUUGGCAGCUCGAGAAGAUCCGCCGGUCGACCCUCGCGGCCAAGGCGACGUUGCGGGCGCAGGACGAACUCGCCGCGGCGUUGGACGCGGCGGGGCAAGUGUACGUCCUUGGCACAGGCCAAUAUGAUCAGUUCACGAGCGCCCCAGCGACCCGCGACCCGCUGCUUUACGACGGCUACAAGAGCGUCAGUGCGAUCUGGGAAGCUCGCGUCCAGCCGACGUACGUACCACCGGUUGUGAAACUCAAGCCACUCGACCCAACGCGCGCGAAAGACAGCACAAGCACUGCAGUCAGCGAAACCAAGACGCUGCCAAAAACGGAGCGCAAGCCGAGUCCUGAGAAGAUCCCAUUUGUGCGUCGGCGGCCCGAAAACGCGGGCUGGGUCGACAGUAGCCCACCCAAGCUCGAUCGGUUGCUCUGGAAGCCCAAGCCGCAAGAGGCGACCGAGACACCAGACGAGUCGAGUGUCAGUGACUUCGAGACCGACGACGAGCUCUUGACGAAAUUUCUCGACGACCGACAGUACGUGCGCAGCCUGCGCUUCCAAUCGAUUCACCCCAUGCCCAACACGGGCUGGCUCUGGGGCCGUCAAGUUACCCACGCAACCAUCACCGACAGCAUUGCAUACGCCAUGACGGCGUCGGGCCAAAUCUACUGCUGGGGCGGCCAAAACAAGUGGUGGAAGGGGCUCGCGGCCGAGACUCGCAACACCCAUGGCAACGACGACGACGACGAUGAUGGGUUUGACGACGAGAUGGCGCUGCGACGGCAGCAUGAAAAGGACAUUGCUGCCGCUCGGCAACUCACCGCGCGCUCGGAGCUGCAAAAAAUGGCCUCCCCCAAGCACGUCGCGGCGGCCGUCGCGCUUGAGGUUGAAGUCCAGCGCCAAAACGCCGCCGAACUAGAGUACCGCCAAGAAAAAGAGGUUAAAGCCUAUGAAAAGUACAAGCGCGUGGUCGUGUACUUUGGUCAUUGGGAGCCGCCGCCAAGUGCGUCGACGCGGGUAGUCUUCUUGCAUCAAGUGCUCUUGCCCAAGAUUAGCAUCGCCGAAGUCAAGGCCUCGCUAAUGAACCGCGGAUUUACCAUUGAUCGUGUCACGAAGCUCGAGAUGAUCGACCUCUUUAGCGACUGCUUGGACAUCGAGCACGAGCUGUGCAGCGAAGAGCAGCGCCGGGUCUUUAUGGAGUCGGAUUUUCAAAUUCAAGAAGCCGAGAAAGUCCAGCUCAAGCCCAAGCAAGCCGCGCAGCUUGUUCUGGACAAGGCCAAGCUGCUCGAAGACUAUGCGCUGUACCGGCAGCAACAGGCGCGCCUCCAUGAGCUGCGCAUUGAAGAAGAGAAGCGCGCCAACCUCGACUUUGCCCUUCGUCGGGAAGCGGCAUUUGAAGCGUCGGUAGCCCACCACCGCAUCCAACUCGAAGACGUGGUGCCCGAGUACACGCCCCGCCACACGUCGCUCGUUGUGGAUCUCAACGGCGUCACGUCGCGUGGCCCCCCUUUGCACGCCAACCGCGGCGCGCCGGCAGCGUGGCGCUUGGCUGCCGGCGAGUCGUACGCGUGUGUUGUGACGCACGCCGGCGCGCUAUAUACAUGGGGCGUCGGUAUUCACGGUCGUCUCGGCCACGGAAAGAACCUCGAGGGUGUCGUUAACUCGGAUGCGGACCACCCGACGCGCGUUCUCGCCCUCCAAUCCGUCUUUGUAAAAGAGGUGGCGUGCGCGUUCGACCACAGCGCCGCCAUCAGCCUCGGUAUUGGUGCCUUGGACGACAAGUACGAGCAGUUUGCACUCUACCCGAUGCUCGUCAAGAUUCCCAAUCAACGUCGCAUCCGUCAAGUAUCGUGCGGCCGCGCGCACACUGGCGCCGUGAGCACGCUCGGCGAGCUCUUUAUGUGGGGCUGUGCGAACGGCGGGCGCCUCGGCUUUGGCGAACGUGUUCUCGACCAAGUCGUCGUGCCAACGUACGUCAAGGCGCUCGCCCACGUCCGCGUCGCACAGGUGUCGUGCGGCAACACCCACUCGGCGUUGUGCACGGAGAUUUGCUCCGAGAUCGCUGCGAGCGUCGAGACCAUUUCGGGCGGCGACAUUUACGUCUGCGGGAGCGCCGGGCCGCUCAUGCAGUACACUCCGUCGUGGUCGUUGCUCCAGUCGAUCCGCGGCACGCCCAUACGCCAAGUUGCGUGCGGGUUUGGGCACACGGCCGCGGUGUCGAUGGACGGCGAGCUCUACACGUGGGGUCAGAACGCCAAGGCGUGCACGGGCCACCCUGAGGAGCGGCGCGUCGUCCCUGAGCCGGAGCUGCUUCGUGCGUUCCACACGGCGCCUUUCAACCUCGCUCUGCACAAGCGCUGUCGACAAAGCAGUGUUUUGAACGAGCAGAGUGCCAACUGUGCCGUGAACGGCAACCGCAGUGGUCGUCUCCACGCCUGCACGCACACGCAAUAUGACGACUGUCCGUGGUGGGAAGUCGACUUGGGCCAGCCUUGUGUGAUUAGCCGCAUUCAGGUCUGGAAUCGGACGGACGAGCCGAUUGAUAUUUCGCACCCGAGAGACGAGUACACCCGCCGACUCUUUCCAUUUUGGAUCCUCGUGAGCGAAAUGCCAUUGCCCGACGGCAGCGGCAAAGAAGUACUCAAGACUGGCCGCGACCUCUCGAACGAAGCCAAGGAGUUUACGCAGAACCAGCGCUUGACCCAGUGGAUUCUUCCGACGUCCGAGUCGGUUGGCCGAUAUGUUCGCAUUCAUGUCCGUGGUCGCGCCUACAUGCACUUGGCCGAGGUCGAAGUCUUUGGAGUCUAUCACGCACUCAACUACGUGGGUCAAGUGUCGUCCGUGCACUGCGCCAAGAACGUGACGCUCGUCGUCAUGCGCCCGAUCGCCAAAUCGACCGUGCUGCACGACCACUACAUCAAGGCGGUCCAAGCCGACCCGGACAACGCUAUGAUUCUGCGGCAGUACGAAGCCUACGUCAAGUGCUUCCACCUGUAUGGUCGGGGCGAGCCAUUGAGCAAGGUACCGUGUCGGCUGUGCCGCGCCACGCGCAAGUGCGAAGUGUGCGAGUUCUUUGAGACGACACCGUCCACCGACAUGCCGGUGACGCCGCUUGGCGGCAAACUCGGGCUCAAGGAAGCCGCCGAGGUGAUCCAGAGCCGCGAGCCGCCACGACCUGCGUACGUGCCAUUUGUGCCGCCCGCACGAGAGUCCAUCACGGACAAGAUCAGCAAGGUCAUACAGCUGUCGCCUCCCAAGCUGCGUCUGCGGCAAAGUGCCACCAACUCAUAACACGAGGAUGCUACCGCA